AUGAGAUUGGAGAGCAGGCCGCUCAGGUUCUCGACCAUCACCCACCACGCCAGCGUCACGCAGUGCCUGGGCUCCAUCGGCGGCCAGGACUGGUACCUCGGCGUGGCAAAGCCUUCCGUCGUGGACGAGCACAGUGGCCAGGAUGGUGGCAGGACUCCCGUGCAGUCGCCCGCCGGGCACUACUAUCUGCCUCCGGAUCCGUCCGAGGUCCGCGUCUUCCGGGUCCCCGGUCCCAAGUUCCUCAAGCUGCACGCCGGGACCUGGCACGCCGGGCCGCUGUUCAAGGGAGACACCCUGGAUUUCUAUAACCUGGAGCUGAGCAACACCAAUGACGUUGAUCGCACCACGUACUACUUCAAGAAGCAGGACGGCGUAACCUUUGUGAUCGAGGAGUGAGGCGCCGCACGUCACGACCUUAGUUACAAAAACCCAGCGCACCGUGUGCCUCGCGGACGCUCUUCGUGGCCAUGCCCCAGCGAGCGAGCGGCAGCCGGCCGCGGCGUGCACAUGGGCACGGAGGCCGGCGUGAA